AUGGCCCAAUGUGGCAACGCAGCAUCCAAGGAUCACAACCGCAUGAUAACUGAGAUAGAGGAUCUAUUCACGGAAACCUCUUUGAACACCGAAUUACUAGUUGAAGGGAUCGAGAGUCUUGUAGACUGGCCAGACUACCUGGACAACGGGACACUGGGCUUCGAGUUUGAUGGGACAUUUCCGUCAGUUGGCUGGUCCUGA